UUAGCGAUUCUACUAUCCGAGCUCCAUCCAAACCUGAUGCCAAAAUCACAAAAGAAGGCUGUAUCAUCCAGCUGAUCACUCAUUCCCAUUCCCAUUCUCCUCUGGCACUUCCCGAGGGUGGAGCGCUGCCCUGCCGAAGAAAAACAAAUUAAGCAGUUGCUGAUGUCCUCUACUAUCUAUGGCUAGUAAAUUACUGUAUCAAAAUCUUCUCUCGAGCUAUCCACAACAUCCAAGGAACCUUUAAGCACUCAACAUGAAUUCUCACCCCGGAUCAAGCACAAGCAACUCAUCAUUUUACGAAAAAUCCACCCCAUCCGACGUAUACGAGAAAUCUCCCGAGAGGGCCGAAGCCCAACAGACUCAUGCGAGUGCUCUCGUUGUCCCUCAACCCCAGCUGCAGGAGGCCACAGAACAGGAGGCGCUGGAACUUACGUCUGAUUCGGAUUCCCACUCCUCUAGCCGGUUCUUUUCGUCCGAGGGCGAACAGGAAACCCGCCGGCCGUAUAGAUGGGGAGAUAACAGAGAGUCAAUGGAGGAUAUAUACCAGCAUCCUUCGAGCUACGACCUGUGCGUGGACCCGUGGGUGUCGUUUUGGGAAUGCGCUUUCGAAAUCAGCCACCGUCUGACGGCACGCCACAAUCUUUUCCAGGCGUAUGAGUCCGUGCGCGGGGAAAUGGAGUUCGCGGAUAUCUUAACGAAGACGGGCACGGAGUUCGUACGCACGGAGACGACGGCUCGUCCGGACGAAGAAAUGUUGCGGUUAUUUAAGAUUGGGGAAUUGUGUGUGCCGUAUCCUGAUGAAAUGGAUAUCGAUGCCGACGACGAUGAGGAGGGGGAAAUCAUCUUACACGCCUAUAAAUGGAAAUGGUCUGGGCCCGACGGUAAGGCUGGUGAGUCGAGCUAUGAUGAAAUGGAUAUCGAACUCGAUGACAAUGACGAGUAUUUGACGCGGCUGGAAACUGAAAGAGUCUGAGCACAUCGCUAUGUACAGCGAUCGCGGAGUGUCGGCCUAGUUCAAGCUGAGGUGAAGUUGGAAAGGAGUGUGUUGCUGGAAUUGGAAAUUCAUUGUAAGACGU